AAGUUUUUAAAUGGCGUUUGUAUUUUGUUUGAAUGACUGAAACGUCGUCUUGACAACGAAUUUGGUGGCUUUUAUACGAAUUACUCGAUUGAUUUUAAUAAUAUGAAUUUAUUAAAUUAUGGAUGAUCCCCACCAGAUUCCUCCGAAUACAUCUGAAAUAAAGAACAUACUUCCGGAUGUCGUGCAUUCACAACAGAUACCCACCGUAGGAAGUGUUACUAACGACACAGAGACAGAUAUACAACCCACCGAAACCACUGAAGAAAACACAAUUUCACAUGAUGGCCAAGAAAGCAAGACUGAGUCUAUAUCAGAACAUAUUCCCUCCAAAAUUGAGUACUCUACAGAUUCUGAUCACGCAAGUAGAACACAGGACCUUCUCAGAGUUGAGCCCGAGCAAGAGAAGGCUACUAAAAAUAGUUCCUUGAAUUUCCCUGUGCCACACUCACCUGUUAGUGACAACCCAAGCACUCAAGAUCCCAGCAAAGUGAGUUUAUCCUUGCCACUAGAUGUUAAUGCUGUGUCUGAUAUCCAUCUUUUGAGUGAAGAAAGUCCUGUUAAUUUGGCAUUGUCAUCAGAUUUAUCUAAGGAUACUCAUGAGAAAUCACAGAUGUCAGAUCAAAAUGUGCCAUUAAGUAAACAUGAUACACCAAACUUAUCUCCUAGAAGUGACAAUUAUCUAGACUCUCUAAAUGAACAAUCUGGCCACAAAUCAGAUGUAUCUCAACAUGAUUCUGCUGAUGUUUCUGACAAGAUAGAUUCACCUGAGAAAGUGAGUUCAGGAUCUGAGGAGAUAAUAAAACUUGAUAUUAGAGGUCAAGGGGUCCCAAAAUUUCCUUUCCCAUCUGCUAAAAUCAUAUUCGGUCCACCACCUGAAGGAGGGACUGUUAUAGACUCUAAUGAUGAACCAAUUCCUGUAUUCCCAAACUUGUUAUCUCCAUUCCUUGUUGGUGCUGGAGACAGUCUCAAAGUGGAAGAGGUCUUUGAUGACCAAGGAGCAUCUAAAGAGCCAUCACCAGAUAAGUCUCUACAACUGUCACCGGAGAAAGAAAGUUUGUCCAGUGAUAAAACAUUACCACUGUCUGCUGAACAAGUGAGUCUUUCCACUGACAACUCAUUACAAAUGUCACCAGACAAACAAAGUCUAUCAAGUGAUAAAAUUGAGGCUGACUUGCUAGUGGAAGAGAUUACCGUUGAAGAUGAAAUGAAAGAAAAGGUGUUUGAUAAACCAGAGGAAAGUUCUAUGCCAAAAUCUAUGCUUCCGGAAGAAACAAUGUCUUUUAGUACAAUGACAGAUUAUAAGACAAUAUGUGAAGAAUAUCAUGUGAAGCUUGUGCACUUGGAAGACGCUAUAACGCAGCGUGACGAAUUAAUUGAAGAACUGACCAUCUCAUUACAGCGUUCGGUUCGCGAACGAGAUGACCUUAGGCAUGAGAAUGAACACUUGACUAAUGAAGUGCAGAAUCUGCAGCACAUUGUUGGGGAGAGAUCUCACUCCGAUCAUGACACAGUUAAAGCUCAGCUCUCAGACUUUAUUAAGUACCAGAGCUUGCUCAAAGAUGACAGCACUAAGUUCUACUCCGCUGUCAUGAGUGGAGGAUCCUCGCUGCAGAGUUCUAACGGGGAGAAAGAUAUGGAUAGAGAAGAGAUAGUAAUUAAUUAUUCAAAGUCUGAUUUGCGGAUGUCGGACGCGUCGGAUGAAUUUCAGACUGGUUUCGAGGAGAAAUUGACGACGAUAAUAAAUAAGUUUGAUAGUUAUAUAGAGGAGAACUUGAGGAAUAAGCUAAGGGAGAGUUUAAUUCAAGUACUGUGUGAUGAAAUAGGUAAGAUAAGGAUAGAUAAUGAUACCGAGAUCAAGGAGUUGGAAGCUCAGCUGCAGAGCGACAAGCAAGCGUACACGGUGGAGACGCGGCGGCUGAGGGAACUGCUGGCCUCGGUGAAGGCUGGUAAUGCAGACAUCGAGGCCCUGAGGCAGGAGUUGGACAUCAAACAUGAGAAAGAAAUGGAGAACUUGAGGACUUAUUUUGAAAAGAAAUGUUCUGAUAUGGAACGAAGGCCUCAGCGAAGCUACUCGGAGGAGGUGUGGCGCGACAAGGCGUGCGUGUCGCCGUGUGGGUCGGCGACGUCGCUGGACGCGCCCACGGACGCCGCCGGCGACCACGCGCGCCGCCGCACGCGCAGUGCUCAGCUUACCUCACUCAGCUUAGAGUCGACUCAACUGGAGCAGUCGUUGAAGCAUUUAAGCAAGAAGUAUGAGCAACAAAUAGACGAGAUGAAGGCGGAGCACGUCGCCUACGUGAACGAGCUGCAAGCUACGCACAGGGAGGCUAUCGCGUCUCUGGAUGAACAGAUAACCCAACUGAAAGCACACAUACAAACAGCGGAGAACACGGAGACGAACGUGUCUCUCUACCAACAGGACAUUGACCUCGAGCUGGAGAAGAAGAUGGAGGUGCAACUGGAAGCCAGGCUCGAUGAGGUCAGGGAUCAGGUCAGGCAGGAGGUGGUCAACCAUCUGCAGGAGCAGCUGCAGGUUCUACUCUCCGACCCUGAUGCUGAGGUGUCUAGCUGGCCGCUGGAGCUGGUGGCUCUAAGGGACAAGAUACAUGGAGAGACCGCCAAGUCGCAAGCUGAGAAGGAGUGUUCAAGUCUUCGCGACGAGUUAUCCGUCGGCGAAGACAAGUGGAAACAACGGCGUAACCUCAGCUUCGACCAGAACAGACAAUUGGAGGAGGUUACCAGAGAAAGGGAUGACUUAAAACGCGUGGCAGUGAGCCUGCACCGCGUGGUUGGUCAGCUCGUGGCGUACUGCGCCAGCGCAGAGGACGAACUCAACCGCACUGUACUGGCGCAGCUACUCGCGCGGUUGAUGCCAGGGGAGAACGACACGUUCAUAGAGGAGGACUCUCGGCCGACGACUCCGAACCUGUCGACGGAACUGAACCAGAGCCUGGUGUCUCGGAGCGGGAAGCACGUGCACUUCGCGCCUGAUCUCAACGCUAUACUCACGGAUUUAGAUGAGGAGGGUAUAGUGAAUUUCCUGCAACAGCAGCGUGACCUCAGUGCGGAUAUUAAGAAGGAGCUGGAGAGCUCUCUGCGGAGGUUGCGACAUGAAGCACAUUCUCUGCUCGACCUCUCUGCUAAACUUGCUCCAAGAAUCCGUCGAGACACUGGGAACAUGCUGGAGUCGAGCAUACAGAUCACGGAGCUAGUUCAAGAACUCGACAGCAAACAGAACUGUGACAACUGUGAGCUGCAUCGAAAGAACAUGGAGGAAGCGAUGGCAGAGUGUCUACAACGCGAGAACUUGCUCCGCUCCGACCUGGAGGCUGCCAUGAUCAAGAUCGCGCAGCUCAUGACCAGCGGGGAUGUCAUCGCUGAAGGGUACGGUACAGGUCCCCAGCCCGGGUCGGCCCCGUGCCGCGGGCGUCCGGCGCCGGUGUCCAGCCACUCGCUGGACGGCAGCAGCUCCCCGCGCCUGCAGCGCCUGGCGCACGACCUCGACUCGCUGCAGCGGGAGCGGGACGAUCUCAUGCAACAGGUCAAAAGGAUGACAGAUUCACCCGUACAUAAGAUUUGUUGCGAAAAGCUGGAGGCGGCCAACCGUCAGCUGCGGUCGACGCGGCAGUUCGUGGAGGAGCAGGCGGCCGAGCGGGAGGCCGAGCGGGACGACUGGGCCAGACGGGAGGCCGACCUCAGGGACGAGGCCAACAGGCUCGCCGCCAGGCUGCAGAACAACGCACGGAUACUCAAUGAGAUGCACGGCCUGCGCCUCGCCUAUUGCAACUGUCGCGAGCACGACGCGCACGUGGAACAACUAGAAGCUCAAACACGGGAGAUGAACCAAAUUAUAUCAGAACUGGAAACACGGAAGACAUCAACAGACAACGAACUAAAAGUCUCCGAAGAAAAAGUCUCCUUACUUCGAGACAUCAUCGCUAACUUAGAACACCAACUAGAACAAAAAACUACACACGAAAAUGAAAUAUUAGAACAAUUAGAAGAAAUGAAGAACACUAUAGAAGAAAGAGACAGCAAGAUGAGGACGUUGCUUGGUGAACUAGAGUCGCUAAAGAGUGAAAGAGUCGAACAUAGUGAUGUUGUUUGCGUCAAGUGUGGCCAGGAUGAAGUGAAGGCGACGGAAUUGAUGGAGAGAGUCAAGGAACAGUGCCAAUACUUGGAGGAGAUGGUCCACCGGCGCACGCGCAAGAUGGAGCGCAUCCACGAGGUCUGCUCCACUAGCUGCAGUGAACCCAGCGAGGAUGUCUCACUCAGGGACCAAAGACAUAGGGAUUUAGAGGUGAAGUCCCCGGACCCGGAGGCGUCCCCCCGCGCGCCGUCUGUAUCCGAGCUGGCGGGCGUGUGGGAGUGCAUGCAGGCGCACGCGCGCGCCGAGGACGCCGUGCUCAAGCGGGUCGCCGACCUCGAGAUGCAGCGCGCGCAGCUCAAGGACAUCGCACAGGAGGUGCGCGCAGAACGCGAUGUGCUGCAGGCGCGCAUGUCGGAGCAGGCGCUGAAGAUCUCGUCUCUGUCGGCGCGGCUGCAGCAGCAGCGCAAUGACGCGGAGGCGCUCUCCCACCAGGCCACCAGCCAACUCUCCGUGCAGCUGCAUGAUGCACUCGCUGAGGUGCAAAGGUUGAAGGAAGAGUUGGAGUCAAAGGAUAAACAGCUGUCGCGAGUCAAGCAGAGCUUGGAGGAGAGGGAGAAGCUUCAUGAUGAACAUCACUCCUUGUACGGAAACUCAUGUAAUCCCAAAGACAAAGUGAUAAUAUUAGAACGUGAACUGUCCACGGCUCAGUCGCGGAUAGCUCAGCUAGAGAGCCUCGCACGCAGCUUGGAGAAGGACAAGGAACAACUCCACACAGCCAUCAGGGACCACCAGAGGGCGCUGGCAGAGAAAGAAGACCAACUGCAAGAGUUACUCGCGCUAAAAUUGGACGAAGAAAACCAAAAGGAGGAGAAUGGCGACGUAUUGGAAGGGAAAGCUUCCGCGCGGACUUUGAGCGACAUCGUGUCUAUAUCGGAGUUCGACGAACAAGAUCUCCAGAUGCGGCGCGCAGAGCUCAAGGGACACAACACCAGCAUCACGGGCGCACACAUCGCCGACACCACCAAGGAACGAACUCUCAACAGAACAUUACCUCCUGAACUAGAGAAAGCAAACAUGAGCUCCCUCAACUUGGAGUACAUCGACCACUUCGACCUGCCUGGCUUCACUCCACGAGCUGAUUCCCUCCCAGCACAUCUAACGUCCACACAGAACAAGGACCUACUCAAACAAUACAAGAGAAAUGUCAACGAAACCACAAUGUUUGGCAUUGAAAUGAAACAUGCUCAAAUCAUACAAGACAAUUGCUCAAUGUACCCCAACAGAGACGCCAACGACAGUAAAGACUUGAGCGUCGAACCGAAGAAAAUUAACUUCUCCCUGGAAACUACCGACAAUAAAACACAUAACGACUUCACCUCAUUGGGGGAGUUAGGAAUAACGUUGGACGUUAAACAAGAAAACUUCCCAGACAUACUGACCCAAUUGAAACAUGAGAUUAAAAAAUCCAGGACAGAGUUAGAUAAUUGUAAGUCGGAACUGAAAAACGCCGAAGAACAGCUCUGUGAGUUCCCCGCUUUGAAGGAAGAAGUGGAAGAACUGAAAGGUCUCCUAGAAAACACCAUGGCCACCAUGGAGCACGACAAGAAGUUCUAUGAAAACCAAUUAGACAAUUUCUCGUCAAACAAAAAGUUACUCGAACAGAGACUUGGAGAACUCACGCAAGAAGUCAACGAUAAGUCUAAAGACUUGCAUUUACUUAAGGAAGAUAUUCUAAGGCGAGAAAAUAUGAUCCUAGAACUUGCCAAGGAAAAACGUACCUUGACUAACAAAAUGACUGAACUAGAAGUAAAGAUCGAUGAACUUCAGAGCAAGAACAACGCUUUAGAGAAAUAUGAAAAUGAUAAAGUAAAUGAACUGCAGAAGCUGCAGCAACUUGUUUCGGAGAAGAACCAACAGAUCGACAGUUUGAACCAACACCUGGACAGGUUGGAUGAUCUGCAACGGUGCCUUAAUGACAAAACGGAAGAGUUGGACAACCUCAAAGAGGCGUUUGAAGAGAAAUCCAACGAAGUGUUCAACUUACAAGACACAGUAGACGCAUUACACAGAGACAUAUCAAAACUAAAUGAGGACAAUGAUAAACUGAACACUCACAACAAAGACUUAAAGUUGAAAUUGACAAAACUGGAGAAAGAACAAGAGAAUGCGUCCAUGAAACUACAGAGCAACGAGAGUGAGCUGGCCAGGGUGAACUCAUUGAACAGCGAGUUGACAGCGAAGAUAGAUGAACUGAAACUGUUGACGGACAAGUUGAAGGACAAGGAGACGGAGAUAGAGAUACUGCACGAAGACAUUAAUGCGUUCCAUGAGGAGAUUGCUUCGUUAAAGGAACAGCUGAAGAUGGUGUCGAGGAGUCCUUCGCCGAGGAACAAGAGUGGAGACGAGAGGAAGUCCCUGGACCGACAGGCCAGCAGUGACAAGAAGCAACUGGCCAAGAUACGGAAACAAAUCUCUCUCCUACAACACGAGCUGGACUUCAACAAGAAGGAACUGAACGAUAAGGCGUUUGAGCUAGCCAAAGCGAAGCUAGACGUGACAGAACUGAGGAACAAUCUCAGCCAGGCCAACAAGCAGACGUCGGACAAGGAGCUGGACAACGCGCAGCUGAGGCAACACGCAGACAGCUUGCAGCGCGACAUCAUGCAACAUGUCGCCGAGAAGGAACAACUCGCGGAACGACUGCAGGCUGUGGAGGACAGGAUGCGAGAAGAGUCGAACGUGGGCGAGUUGAAGAACAAACUACGUCAGAAAGUGGAGAGGUGUCAGGAACUCGAGGUGGAACUGGAAAACUUAAGGGAACUUGUGGACAGGCUCCGCGUGUCCCCCCCUCGCUCGGCCCCCCCGCAGUCGGGGCGCGCCCUGAGCGCGCGGUCCCCCACGGCGGAGCUGGAGCGGGCGCUGCGGGACCAACUCGACUACUCGCACACUCUCGACGAGGACAUCAUGGAACAGAUUCUAUCAGCCAGCAGUGACGAAAGAGAAGACAUACCUCGUCUCGCUUUAAAUACUUCCAAAUCAUCAAGCUCGAUCCACUCGUCGUCAUCAGACCGGCUCAACAGACUGCGGACCGAGAACGACAAGCUCACGAUGCAGGUCAACAACCUCGAGGCCCGGCUCAAGGAUAAGGACGCACUCAUUGCUGAACUUAACAGGGUCCGCGACAAGUUAGUCCAGGACUGGCAGACGUGCAAGUUGCGGUUCGAGGCCGAGCGGGACAACGCGGGCAGGCUGCAACUACUGCUCGACACACACAAACAGACUGCCGACUCCUUACAGAGCCAAGACUCCAACAUGAUCCAGAUCCUGAAGAAGCGCCUGGAGGCGGCGAUGCAGUCGGAGCUGGAGCUGCAGCAGAGAGAACAGGACGCCCGCGCCCGCCUCGCGCAGCUGCAGCGGCAGGCGCUCGAUACCAACGACCCCAAGCAUGCACAGCUGCAACAUGAGAUGGAAAACAACGAGCGUCUAAAAGGCGAGGUAUCGCUACUGAAGUCUAAGCUAGAAGUGGAGCGGACCCGCUACACGGACCUGCAGGCCAUGCUGGACCACUCGCGGCUGCAGUACGAGCGGGAACUCAACGCCAGGAACGAACAGUGCGCCGCGCUCAAGAGUGAACUCGCCGAGAUCAAGAGACUGAAGCAUGACGCAGGCGUCCAGUUGCUGCGUUCGAAGGAGCUAAUCAACACACAGAGCACUACCAUCGCCGAGCUGGAGAGGAAGCUGGCUUCCUACAACCAUCGACCUGUCGUUGAUGCACUGACUGAGAUAGAGAGUACAAAGUCGGAGUUAUCCCGCGAGUUGGCGGCGCUGAAGCGGUGCCUGGAGACGGCCAGUCCGCGCCGCACGCACACACAGACACACACGCACACACAGACUGCGCCCGCGCAUACAGCGACAUCUAGCGACGACCGCGACCACGCCAUACGUUACUUGCACGGUCGCUGUCUCCGUUUAGAGAGUUGCCGCAAAGCGCUCGUCUGGCAGAAGCGGUACUUGCAGCGGGUGCUAGCGGGAUACACAGAGUUUGAGAAGAAAAUCGGGCUGCCCGCGUUGAGGGCGCCUGAAGUUAGCAGGGGAAAGAAACGUUUCAAGUGUAUAGCCAGCGUGGUGGUGAUCGUGCUCCGCAUGGGGUUCCUGGUGCGGCGCCGCCAGCACGUGCGCGCGCUGUCCGCGCACUGCAUCCUCAGGGGACCCGCCGCAGACCAACACUCGCCCAGCAGUCAGUACGGGUCGGGUCCGUCCCCGGCGGGCCGCGAGCGGGCCGGGGCGGGGGGCGCGCGCCCCGCCGACACGCUCGCACGCAGGGGGCUGCGACACGACUUCAGGCUCAACCUGCCCGCCUCGCCCGGACUGGGAGACUUCGUGAGAAGAUCGCCAUACACUGCAAACUCACCACAAAACGACCCAUUCAUCCUAAGUUCCCCUCGCGGCGAGGUAGCGGCCGCGUACCUGAACAAGCUGGAGCUAGUGAGUCGCUGCCUUAACCACGCCAUGGACGCUUCACGCGACGUGCCUUGACGCCGGCCGUGACGUCACGCCCGAGCUGAGGUUUAGUCUCACGCAGUAUAUAGCACCGCAGUGCCACACACCGCCCACUGAGACCAUGUCUUAUACAGACUAAUGUUAAGUCUCAAUUAUAUGGGUUUUGCUAUGAAUUUUUAUUAGAUGUGGUGUGAAUGAUAAAAUGUUGGAUAUUAACUGAUAACAGUGGUGAUAUUGUUACUACCAAUGCAGUUUGUUUACUAAACGUGCUACCACAAAGUUAAUAUUUCUACCGAAUUGUUUAAUGAUCUGUUUAAGGAUUAAUUUCAUUCUUACAAUCUCAUGACAAAUUCUACGUAACUGUUAAACGAUGACGUAUAAAAUUUUACGUAUUGAUUAAAUAUUUAAAUUAUGUAAAGCAUUUCAAUGUCUCGCAAUGCAUUUCAUGGCCAGGUUAGCGUUAAGUAUUAGAUUAGUGCCAAAUUCAUUCGUUUAUUUGUGUUACUUAAUUUAUUGUUUAGAUUUAAUGUUAUGUGUUAUGGCUCCGUUCAUUCUGACGUGGGUGUGUAUAAAGCAGAUGCUAUUAUUGUCAAUAGAUAUGAAGCCCACGUUAGAAUGACGGAGUCACAAUCCGGAGGACCUAAUUCCAUGUUUCGGUUGUUGCCACUCCGCCUAUUAGUUCCCUCGAGUGAGUGCUGGACGAACAAUGUGAUGCCUUCAUCGAACCUUGCCCGACUCCACAGUACCCCUCACUUUAAUACAACUUUGUAAAUAAAUAUUUAGAUGUAUGUAUUUUUGACGCGAUAAAUUAAACUAUAUUGACGUAUUAUUAGGGUUACUUUUCUACGAAUAGAUAGUUAAAAGAUUAUAUUUUACUAGUACCAGCCUUUUAGUUACAUUAACGGAAUGGCCCUCAUUAUGUAGACUAAGUAUUCCUUACCUUCAGAGCAAUAUGUACGUUAUCUAUGUGAAUGUAAAGUUGUUUCUUAUGUGAUUACUACUAAAGCUGGACUCAUGUUGUCACAAGGCAAGUUACUUAUCUCGAUGUUAUUAAAUACAGACUUUAGGACUUGUGUGAUAAAUGUGAUGUUAGCUUAUUAACGUUGCUCUUUCAAACUGUCUUUGUUUUGAAAAACGAUAGUGCCUUUAUGUAAAUUGAUCACUUUGCUCAUGACCGUACCACGGGCUACGCCAGCCAGCACAAAUUCAUGCCAUUGUAUUAUAAUAAUGUGUAGCAUAAUAUGUUAGUGUAACGUUUGACGUAAAUCCUUAGUUUGUAAUACGAACGCACAGUACAAGCUAGUUUAAGUUAGUUGUAACGCGACACGAAGUCACGACCGAUACGAACGUUCCGUCUAAUUGUUCCGACAACUUGCACGCGCACCACUUGGUACACUCCACCUCGAUCCAAAUAAUACCAUAGCUUAAAGUACCUCGUUUGGUUCUUAUCAUUAAAGCAAUACAGUUCAUUAUUGCACACAUAUUCGUGUUUUAAAACAUUCCUCUUGCCAUAAUCAAGUGUUGCGCGAACAAGUAGAAAACUGUAUUGAAUAUUUUAUUUGAUUGUAAAAACGAAUGCUAUUGUGGGUGCGUCCUGUUGACAUACAUAUUUCUUUAAUGUGUCUGGUACAAUUUUUUAUUAGGAAAUUGAUUGAUUACAUAAUACAGUUUUAAGUUUAGAUGUUUUUUCUAUAAUUUGACGUAAUACAAUAGCAUUAGUUGUAACGCUAGACAAUAUUGUGUAAGCCAAAGCAAACCGAGAGUAUUACGAUAGCUGUGUUUAUACGCGAUUCCAAUGUAUGAGAGAGCGAGUACAUGAUAUUGUUAGGUCCACUUGUUUAUAUUCCUUCACUGUUACAAACCACUGUUACACUUUGGUAGGUAAGAUCAACAUGUCUCUUGUACAAUUAAACAUAUAUGAAAUCUCCUUUGAUAGAUCUAUUUAUUACUUUAUAUUUACUAAACUUGUUUGACUUACCCGCCAAAUGUAACAGUGUACGCACAAACACUACAUAUAGGCCACGAAUCUUCAUUAAUAUAUUAAAAUAUUUUUGCAAAUUGUAAAACUACGUGUCUACACUCAUUGCGACCAAAGAUUUAGGUAAAUUAAGUUCUAGUAUUAGUUUCAAAAUUGUUAUAUUUUAAGUAAAACCCACUGUUUAGGACCGAGACAAGCUUUACUACAUUCACUUACAAUUUGACACCACCAAUUAUCUAGUCACACUUGUAUAACAUCACUCGUGCCAUAAAAGCUCUCUACACAGACCUCGCGCACACUUGCGACUUGUCUCGCGGACGACUGUACAGUCGCUGGAAGUGUUACUGCGCAAAUAUAUUUCAAUCUCAAUAUUCAACUGUUUAAUAUUGGAAUUCAUGUGUAAUGCGAGGCACGGCCGCGUGGCCAAGCAGCAAAUGUGUGGGAGAUCUAACUUGACAAACACAUUCUAAAGUAAAUUGAUAAUUAUGAUAAUAAAAGUAAAUAUUUUGUAAA